GUCGCCGUUCUAUUGUUCCGUUUCACAGUCCCGGUAAUCAAUAUUAUAUUAUGAGAAUAUUAUGAAAAAAAAUACGCGGAUACAUGUCAGUGUAGUCUCCUCCGGCGAUCUGGCAUUGCAAUCAUAGGACUAACACACACGAGACAGUGAGUGCUCGGAGUAUGUAUGCACAUGUAGCGCUUUUGUAGCAUUCCCGCGCUGACAGAAUUUGUGUAAAAGUGUCGUCUGCCUGUAUCUUACGCGAUUUUACGGAAUGAUCUGCCGCCUUCGCCUUCGGUGGGUACUAUAGGUCAUAACAUAUAAAGAAUGGAGCCAAAGGGAAUGAGUAAAGUGUCAACAAUGCCUUGGACAUGGUCUUUGCCAGCUAUCAAGACUCUACGACGAAAUGAGGUUCCUCUGUCCUACCGUGAGCCAUUCAUCCUGUCCCGAUACCGGUCGUGUCGUAGCAGCUUGGGCACCUGCCUACUCAGUGCCUUGCAUGCAACCAAUGAAACCCUCAAUUUCUGGACCCACUUCGUGCCGUUCCUGGUCCUAGGCCUCGUCACCCUCCAGCACGUCCUGGACCCGUCUUUCAGGUCAGACCCGUUCAACUGGGCGUUCCUGGUCUUCGCUCUGUCCGGCUGCGUUUACUUGCUUGGAAGUUCCAUAGCGCACAUGUUCUCUUGCUAUUCGGAAGUUGCCCACUAUAUCUGCUACUUCAUUGACUACUCGACCGUCAGUAUAUACAUGGUGGGGCUGUGCGUAGCAUACAACGAGUAUGUGUUUCCACGGUACGCUAUUAACACGGUCAUGCAUCGCGUAUACCUACCUAUGGUGUUCCUUCUCUCUCUCCUCUUCUCUGCAACCUCAUGUGCCACCAAAUACUCAAAACAUCACUUGCUAAGGAUUCAUGGCAGAAAAGUAACCUUUCCAGCAUACUUCCUGUGGUGCAAUCUUCCCCUUGCCUACCGUGCUUUCUUCGGAUCGUCAUCGUCGUCGUCGUCGUCGACGGCAGAUGUAUACCACAUUGCCCAUACCAUCGCAGCGACCUUGGCUGGCCUUUCGUACGCAUCGCACCUCCCCGAAGCUCUGGCUCCUGGUCGUUUCGACUUCAUCGCUCAAAGCCACCAGCUUUUCCAUCUCUGCACUGCUGUACUGACCUACUACCAAUACCACGCCCUCUCCGCCGAGAUGCAUGACAGGCGAGAAGAGCUUCUCACUCUGUGUGGCACUCCGACUUUUGUUGGGACCUUUGGGGUGUUGCUGGCGAACAUCUUUCUGCAUGGUGUUCUUAUAGCAGGGCUUGCAAUUUGGCUUCGUAAACCGGGCCAACUCGCGAAGAUUCAUAAAUCACUGGAGAUGCCCACUAUAUCUCACAAGGAAGAUUGAUAGAUAGAGAAUAUUUUCAAAAUAAGUCCAAAAUAAUGAUCAUUCCACUAUCCACUGUAAUAAGAAUGGGUCGUUGAGAUGCAUCGGUAAACUGAAAUAAGAAGUAACGAGACACUUUUCUAUAUUUUAGACGAUGGCGCAAUGUACUUUUAGGAUGACAAAUAUAUAUGAAACAUUCUUUUUCGUAGAGCAACAGUAGUCACUCAGAUUUAAGGAUUGAUGAUGAUAAUCACAGAACUUGGAAUGACAAUUUUAUUAUGAAUUAUUAUAGCUGAUAAAAGACCAUGAUUUUUCAAUUGGUAAGGUUAAGGUUCAGGAUAGUGCAAUAAUAUGCCUCUCUUUUUGUUGUUGGUAGUAUUUCUUUGUUAUACCUGUUCACAUUAAAUUUCUUUUUCCUUUGGUCGUUCAUGAUGUAUAAGACUUACACCUGUAAGAAAAAUAAAGACAACACGAAAGUUUGUUUCUCCUCAGUAAAUCGUCAUAUCUUAAAAUACUGUAUGGGAUAAGGCCCAACAGAGACUAUACCUACGGUCAUUUUGUUGCAGGGUUACCGGGCACAAAUUAGGCAGUAUGCCCCUAGUUGGUCAUUAACGAUCGAAAGUGAAGAAUCAAACAUAAUGGACUAACUAAAAACUCUAUUCUUCAUACAACUGUUGGCCUAUGUUCCAUGCUACGUAUAAUGUUUAGAUUAAAAAGGAAACGUGUUGCUUUAGAAAUUAUUACGAGUUGUUAGCUAAGAAAUUAAUUUGUUUGUGUUUCGUUCGAUACGGGUUAAUGUAAACACUACAGCCCAAUACCAAUGACGCAAAUACUUAUCCAUAUGUGGCCAGUACUAUCUAUGAAUUUAUGCUUUGUUGCGUUUUGUCGUUUGUUUUUGUUUUCCCUUGGUUUGUUUGUAGUAUGUUAUUUGUCGUUUUGGGGCAUGGAACAAUAGACUUUUUUAUUCUUCACUUUAUAUUCAUCGCAAACACCUUGCAAAAAAUUACUUGAAAUUCAGAUGAAAUAAGUAUCCUUACUGAAAUAUUGCGACCGGUUCUCCCUCACUCAAUUUUAUCUUCAACAUUUUUGCGACAAUGGGAGAAUUUAUAGUAUAGGCCUAUUUUGUGUAUCGACAAUUAAUUACAAAUUAGCUUGAAAAUUAACAUCUAUGAGAUCAUUGUAGUUAAAGUAAUCUUUAAUUGUUCUUAAAUGGGCUUAAAUUAUAUUUUUCUUUAUUGUGUUCAACGUGCGAGUUGAGUAGUGGUUCCUGAAAUGUAAGUUACCGUUUUAUAGACAGUUUGAAAGUACUGAUAUUAUUUCUAUGAUGUAGAAUAAUAGCUGAAGAAAAUAUUUGUAGAAUAAUACUAAGAGAGAGUGAGAAAAGAAAGAAAGAGGGAGUGGCCUGGGCGAGAGAAGAGAGAAAAAAGAAAAACUGGAUCAAGCUCAUUUUAUGAAUGAUGCUUUAACCAGUAUAUUCCCUACCUACAAGGUGCUUUUUUUUUUACCCAAAUAAUUUAUCCGGUUGAAAUAGAGGGACAGAAAUACGAUUGAAAAUAAAAUCAAGCGGUACAAAAUACCUGCGCGUAUUUUGAAUAAACUUAUUUUAAAGUCUCGAGGUAGCUGUUAAACGUGAUAAGUAAUGAUAUUCAAUCUUAGCAGAACAAUAUUUAAGAUUAAACAAAAGAAAUGCACUGCAAUAUAUAUUAGUAAAUUAAAUGUUUGCAUGCAUUUCGAUUAUUACCCAUCCCAUUGUUGUAUAGAAUAUUUAAAUACUGAAAAUGUAAUUGUAACGUUACAAUUUCAACUGUACAGUCCUAUAAUUUGUGAUAGAAAAGAAUGAGAUAUUAUGUUUGUUAUGCUCCUCGGGAAGUCUGUAUGCGAAAUAUAUGCACGUGUCAUAUUCUGAUAACUUUUACAGGACCAUGAAACUGUGACCCUUAAGAACAAUGGAGAUGACCGUGAUUUAUUUCAAUCUUGUAUGUACUUAUCACAAUGAAGAUGAAGACCCUACUAAUAUGCACCCCGUGCAGGGAUCCACGGGGGAGGGGGGCGUGACGACGGACCCGUUCCGGGCCAUAAAACAGGGUUGUUGUUUAUUAAUGGUUUUCUCCGUCAAAUCCUUGCGAUGCUUUUUAAAGCUAAACGGUAUCAUUCAUGCAUGCGUUUACUAAAUGAUCACGAUUCGUUCUGGAAUCUCCCUUCAUAAAGGGAUCGAGUGCUGUACUUUCUAUUCACUUCAUUUAAAACAAACUUUCCGUCUUCAGCCGAUUCCGAUAUGUGUAAUGUGUAGAGUAUUAGCUAACAUGAUAGUGUUAAUAAACAUCCAUUUAAUAUAUCAUACAAUGUGAUGCCAUGUGCCUGUGUGAUGUGAUUACUUUUAAAUAAUAUAGACCUAUGUACUUAUUGUGUAUUAAUGUAUAUUUUCUUCUUAAUAGAAUUAAACGAUGUGAUUCAAAUCUUA